UCACGUUUAUUAUUGAUGAUCAUCAGCGCCGUGUUCAAGCCACAUGUCUGAUUUGGAAACACGCUUUUUUUUAAAAAGAAAAUUGUUUCAUCGGUCAAGUUUUUUUCGAAAAAAAGUUUUUUUUUGACAUCUUAAUCAUCUUUAAAAAAAAUGGCGUCAAAUCUAAAACAACCAACAAGUUUGGCGCGACAACUUAAUGAACUAAAACUUCCGCAAACAUCAUCACAUAAAGAACGUUUUGGUUCGGUUUCAUUUCUUUAUGAUUUUUUUCAAGCAAAAACCAUUGAUAUUGAUACACAUUAUUCAAAUGCAAUUAUUAGUCUGGAAAAUCUAAUACAAAUUGAUGAUCAUUUUCGUUCAUAUAAACAAACAUUAUUUCAUGAAUCAAGUAAAAAAUUUGAUCGUUCUAUCGAAAAUAAACAAACAAAUGACGAGAUUGAUAAACAAAUUGAUGAAUUUUUAUUUUAUAUUUCAAAAUAUUUUCAAUUAACCGAUUCACAUAAAGUUAUUGAAUAUAUGAUACAAAGAUAUCGUAUUAAUGAAUAUAAUGUAAAAUCAUUGAUUGGUUCGGUUCUGCCUUAUCAUGAAACACGUAUAUUUGUUCGUUUAUUGCAAACAUGUUCGGAAAUAAAAAAUCCAAAAAAUCGUCAUUUUUAUUGGAUGAAAAAAUUUCAGGAAAAUGGCGUACCAAUCACCAAAUCUAAUCUAUUCAAACAUUGUGUAUCGGAUAUGGAAUUUACACAUUAUGUUACUGAUUCGAUUUUCAAAUGCUUACAAUAUGAUCAGAAUAAUUCAUUGUUUCCAUCAUUUUUACUUUCAUUUUGUCUGAAUCUAAUGCAACGUUCAACUGAAGAUAUGAUUGUUUCACAUAUACUUUCGGUCAUUUCUCGUUGUAUUCGUCAUGAAAAUCAACAAUUAUUCGCUGUAGCCCUUAUGAUUUUCAGUCAUCUAUGUAAUCUGGUACAGUUAGAAAUAUCGAUUGUUCAAACAAUAUUGAAAUCAUUUUUUCAGAAAAAUUUUACCAUAUCUCAAUCAACAUUGAUAGCUUUCGAAAUUAUCGUUAAAUGUCAAAAUAUGUUAAUAUUACCAAAAUAUUUUAUCAAACAAGAUUUUAUUGAAAAUCUGAUUAGUUUGGGUACCGAUAUUAAAUUGGAACAUUUACCACGUGUUAUUAUAUUGAAUAUUUUAAUGCAAAAAGAUUCAAAAAAAUUCGAUCAACAAACAUACAAGAAUUAUAUUCAUAUUUUAUUGGAAACAUUCGCCAAUUCAGAUGAUACUGUAAAAUCAAUUGUUUCAUGGAUGAAUGACUGUGAUGAUGAUAUUGAAGAUAAUAGUUUAUCAUAUCAGUUUAUUUGUCAUACAACAAAAUUAUUGGAAAAAAUGUAUCCAGAUUAUUUUGAUCUAGCCAUAUCAUCCAUACCGACAAUCAAAAAUUUAUCCAAAUAUUUAAAAUCAAUUCGUUAUUCAUUGGCUGGUAAUUUACGAACACCACUAUAUUUAGGUGUGGAACAUUCAUCCGAAAAAAUUCGUCAUCAAUCAUUAUUAUAUUUGGCUAAAAAUUUUAACAAUCUUAUUGAAAAUAUUGAUCCUGCCGAUAUGAAAUUCAUUCGAACAAUAUUGUUAAAAAAUUUAACCAAACAAGAUUUUGAUCAAAAAGAAAAAUUAACAAUUUUAUUGAAAAUAUUCAAAGUUAAGGAAAAAAUUUUCAACAUUUUAACUGAAGAAGAAUUUGAAUCAAUAGUAUUGGAACAGAUUCGUUUGAUACAAAAACAAUUAUCCGAUCCAAAUGUUGAAAAUGAUGUUGAUUUAAAUAAAUCAUUUAUUAAAUUGAAACAAUUAUUGAUUGAAAUUUAUUGUUCAAAAUCAUAUGGAAUCUAUUGUCGUAAUUUACCAGCCAGCGAUUAUCUCCGACGAUUAUUCAAUGAUGAAAUGCAACAAACACUUAUUUUAUGUUUACUAUCAACCGAUCUACAAUUAUCAACAUUGAUUUUAUCAUCUGAAUAUGCUAAAACAAAUCCAUUGUUUCAAAUAUUAAUUGAACAGAAUAAAAAUUUCAUUUCAAUUGAUGAUUUUACAAAACUUCAAGAAGAAGAACAACAAAUGGAACAAUUGAAAUUAUUUGCACAGAAUAUUCUGAACGGUAUUGCAUUGUUUCUUAAUCAAAAUCAACAGAAUUUAUUUCCAAAAUCAAAUAUUCUACAAUCAUUAUCAUCAAAUUCAAGCGUAAGAUUUAAAUUUUUAUUUCUUUAUUCAAUGAUUAAAAUGUUGGAAAAUCAUUCAAUCGAUUGUGGUGAACAACAAGCACAAAUUAUAUGUCAAUUUAUUAUGGAUUUAUUUCUUCAUCUUUUGAACAUUGGAAUCAAAAUUAGUUCACGUUCAGAAGUGAAAAUUUUAUCAGUUAAACAAUAUGAUGAAAUCAAUAUGGAUGAUUAUUUUUUAUUUGAAUUUUAUAAUUUUAAUAAUCAAUCAUUAUCAUUAUUGAUUAUUGGUUAUAUUUUAUAUCGUUUGAUGCAACAAAAAAGUCUUAUAAAUGAUGAUCUACCAUCAACAGCCGAUUGGUAUCUAACGGAUGUAUUGAACAAUCAAAUUAAUUAUGAUUUUUAUUAUAAAAUUUAUUGUUUAUUAAUCUAUUAUUCAACACCGAAUGAAUCGAAAUCAAUUAAGAAAAAAACAUUAAACUUUUUUCGUUAUUUAUUUUCAUUAUUUAUAAUGGAAAAAAUUCAAAAUCAUCAUGCUGGAUUGAAAUUUUUUCUACCAUCAAUUGUUAAUCAUGAUAGUUCAAUUCAACAACAAACACUUUUGAUAUUGAAUAAUUUAUUCGGAUAUUCAUCGACAUCAAAAAUUCUUAUCAAUAGUAUUGGUUUAAAUUCACAAUAUCUAAUUGCCUAUCUAUUGGCAUUGAAUUCAUCCAAAACAUCAACACGACAAAUGGCCAUUGAAAAUUUAAAACGUAUUGUUAAAAAUGAAAAACUUGCCGAUGAUUUAAAAUUAUUUAUUCAGAAAAUUAUUGAUGAAAAACAGUUAAUAUUGUCCGAUAUGAAUGCUAUAGCAUUAUUAUUAGGUCGAUUACAGAAUUCUAAUGAUUAUCCAAUUGUAAAUGAAUUAUUACAGACAAUUAUAUUCAUAUUAACAGCUAAACAUUCUACAAUCAAAUCAUUUCAUAAAGUUGCAUUAUUGAAAUUAUUACUAUAUUGUAAUCAACAAAUUAAAUCAAUUAUUUUUGAAUUCUAUACAGAUUUUCUAUCGAUGACCAAUAGAUUUAUCGAUUCAGAUGAAGAAUUACAAUUGAAUGAAAUUAUAAAUUAUUAUGAUUAUAAAAUUUUCGAUACAUCAAACGAUUUGUUUGUUGAAAAUAAAGAAAACCCGUCAUUAAAAUUCUUGAUCAAAUGUAUUGAAUGUUCAGGUUCAAUAUUGACUGAAAAUAUUUCUACAAAAAUCUUUCGUUUGAUUACACCGGAACGUUUUCAAAUGAUUCUUAAUGAAAAUGUUGAAUUUGCAUUGAAAUUAGUACAAUCAUUAUUGAAAACACAAUUAUCAUUAUCGGAAAAAUCACCAUCAUCAACAUUCAAUUAUGGUCAUUUGAUUAAUUCAAUGGAACAACAAUUAUUAACAUUAACAUUUGAUGAAUCAUUUGUCAUUCAAAUGAUGAAUUUUUUAUUACCAAUAAAUGAUGUUUAUGAAACAAUUACAACCAUUGAACAACCAACAAAACGUAUGAGAAUGGCCGAUUCGAAUCGUAAACAAUCACAAACAAAAUGGAAAUUAUUUCGAAUCUAUAUUUCAUCAUUGGCACAUCAACAAACAUUUUCAAAUAUUAAUGGCGAAUUAAUACGAAUAAUGUUUGAUUAUCUUAAAUUAACAUUUAUGGAUAUUGAUGAUAAUUUUAGUGAACUUACUCGUCAAUCAUUAUUGUAUGCAAUAACAAAUAUUAUUGAAUUAAAAUUGGCUAAAAAGAAUGAUCAAGAACGUAUGGAUGUUGAUGGUGAUGAAACAAUAACAACAACAACAAGUUUGGCUGAAUUUAUGGAUUAUAUUAAUGUUGAUAUUAUUAUCGAUUGUAUAACCGAAUCACGGGUAAAAGAAACACAAAGAAUAUCAUUACUAUUGAUCAGUAUGAUUGCUCCAUAUUUCCGUAAACAAAUCAUAGAAUAUUUGGUUACUAUUUUUACAUUUAUUGGUUCGAAUCUGUUAGAAUGUGAUGAUCAAUAUUCAUUAUCAAUAUUAUUCGAAACAAUGGAAUCAAUAAUACCGAUUAUUAUUGCAAAUAAUGAUGAUAAUGUUGAUAAGAGUAAAUCAUCAAAAUCAGAAAAUAUGAAACAAUUUAUAUCAUCAGUGUUUAUAAAAUCAUUUUCCGAUAUACCAGCAUAUCGUCGUCUACAAUUAUUUACCAAAUUAAUUACUUUACUUGGUGCUGAUCAUCAUUUACCGUUAAUAACUGUUUAUUUAAUGGAAAAAAUAUCAUCAAUGAAAUCUGAAACGGAAAAAGAAACUGGGUUUUCAUUUUUGCAAACACUUUUUCAACAAUUUGAUUAUGAUAUUCAAUUAAGAUCGGUUUGCAUAUUGCUAUGUUUAUUUGAAACAAAAUUUUUGCAUAGCCAUUUUCGUAAUUCAUUUCAGAAAAAAAUCCAAUCAAAAAAUAAUACAUUAUUUUAUACGGCAAUUAUUCGACAACAACAACAACGACAAAAUCCUGAACAAUUUCAAUCAUUAAUAACAUUAAUCAAAUCAAUUUGUAAAGAAUUUAAAACAACAAUCAUUUAUGAUGGUGAAAAACUUGCCUGUGGUUUAGAAAUAUUGAAAUUUAUUCGUAAUUUAAUUUCAACAACGGAAUUUGUUUAUGGUAUUCGUAAACUUGAUUAUGAACAAAUAUCAUCCAUACCAUUAAUAUAUUUUAUUAAUAUAACAUUUGAAUUGAUUGUUUUAAUCAAUCCUGGUUGUGAUGGAUUACGUUCAUCAUUACAAAUAUAUCGUAAACGUUUUAAAUCCAUAUUGGAUGAAAUAUUUUUACAAUAUAAUGCUCUGGUACCGAAUGCGAAAUUAUUGGACAUUGUACUUUAUGAUUUGUUGAACAAUACAGCACAAAUGGAAGCAUUCGUAUCGAUUUUAAUCAAACGUAAAGCAUUAGAAUUAUUAAAUAAAAAACUUGAUAAACUUGGCCCGAAUGAUAUGAAUCUUGAAACAACAAUGAAAAUAUUUGAAACAUUAUAUGAUCAUUUGAAAAUUUAUCAAGAAAAUCUUAAACAUUUAGAUGAUAAUCAAUUGUACAAUGUUCAAUUGAUUUUAUUAUCAAUGAAAUUAUUGACAAAAUUCAUUAAUAAUGACGAUUUAUCGAAAGAUAUUUCUACUGCCAUUGAUGAAAUAUUGACACAGGUUUUAAUCAAAAUCAUCGAAAUUAUCAGAUUGAUUAAUAAUCAACAACAAGAUUCAACGGAUAAUAAUGAUGAUAAACAGAUUUCAAAAUCAUUACAAAAUCUUCGUACAAGUUCAAUUCUAUGUUUAUCACAAAUCCUAUCAACAUUAUCGACUAAAUCGAUUGUUCAUCUUUCCGAUGUAAUUGAAUUGAUAUUGAAAAUUUUCAAUACAAAAGAUGAAAUUGUUAUUAUUUCGAAUGUUUCUUCAUUGCAUAAGAUUAUUUUGAAUUUUGGUCCAUUUCUAAGUCCACAUUUAAAAUCAAUUAUUAUUCAUGUAUUACCAUUGUUUUCAUUAUCAUUUGAUAAUAAUAGUAAUGAUCUACGAACAAAAUUGAAUAAAUUAUGGUUAUCAAUUGCUAAAUUAGUACCGAAACGUAUUGUAUUCGAAGCAAUUGAUUCAUCAUAUGAAUUGGCCAUUACCGAAUCAUCUGAAUCAGUUAUUCAUCUAAUGAAUUUAUUCAAAUAUUCAUGUGAUUUUAUUGAAAAAUCUGAUAUGGAAAUUAUAUUGAAAAAUCUGAAAAAUUUUAUGCUAAAAUCAUUAAGUUUUCGUUCGGAAAAAUAUGAUAAAGUUGAUGUUUCAAUGAUUGAACGAAUUGAAACAUCAUUUUGUGAAGCAUUUGCUGCUUUUAUUCCAAAAUUAACCGAAACAAAUUUUCGUCCAAUUUAUUAUUCAUUAUUGGAUUGGUCAAUCAAAACAGAUCAAUUACAGAUACCGGAAUCGGAUGGUCACCAUUUUAAAUUACCCGAUACUUGUUAUCAACGAAUCAUUUCAUUUUAUCGUUUUUGUUCUUUUCUUGCUGAUCGAUUGAAAAGUCUUUUCUGUAUAUUUGUUGCACCAAAUAUUAUUAAAAAUUGUAAUCAAAUUUUGAUUGGUUAUCAUUCUCCAGAGACAAACGAUUCGACAAUGUCAACAUCAACAACAACAACAACAAAUCAAGAACCACAGCUAAAAAUUGAUGAUCCAAAAGUGGGUGAACCAUUAGUACAGGCUGUACUAUCAACAUUAUCCAAAUGUUUCCUAUACGAUCUUAACGGUACAUUUGUUAAUAAAGAUUGUAUAUCAUCAAUAUUCAAACCAAUUGUCAAUCAAAUAUCAAAUCUAUAUGGAAAUGAUGAUGAUUAUCAAAAACGUUUAGAUCUUAUUCUACAAUGUACACAAUAUCUUAUACAAAAUAAUCGAGAUGAAACUUUAAUCAAAGAUUUUAAUUAUCAAAUUUUAUUAAAAUCACAAGAAUCAAACGUAAAGGUUAAAAUCAGUGCAAUCAAACUGUUACAUCGUUUAGUGUUAACAUGUGAUGAAGAUUAUCUACCAUUCAUACCUGAAGCAAUGCCAUUCAUUGCUGAUCUAAGUGAAGAUGAUUCUGAACAAAUUGAAUUACAUUUAAAACAAUUAAUUACCGAUAUUGAACAAUUGAUUGGUGAACCAAUCAAUAAAUAUUUAUAAAAUUUUUAAAUGAUUUUUUUUUAUUGAUGAAUUCAAAAUA